AUGUCUUCCUCUUCCGCCGUCGCAACGAACCCGACCCAGGCCACGAAUUCAGGGUCAUCCAAGAAGAAGAACAACAAGAAGAAGAAGAACGGAAACAAGAACAAGGCUCCCGAGCAACUUGAGACCUCUGAGCCUCAACAGGGUUCGGAUAAAGAUACCGUCGAAGACGAGCCUGACACACCAACACAGCUUGAGACGCCAAUCGAUGCAGACGAAGACGUAAACGAAGACCCCCCCGUUCAAAGCAACGGGCAUGCCGUAGAGCCCAAGGAAAAGAGCAACGGGCUCACACCCCCUCCGGUUGAUGGCCAAAAGGAAAAGCCCGACGAUUCAGACACUUCUGCCAAGCUAGAAGCCAUGAGCCAGGAACGAGAGGCCUUGCGGGCCGAGGUCGAACAGCUACGGAAACAGCUCGAGAGCAUCCAGGAAUCCCACAGCAAUGAGGUCACGCAGCUCAAGAGCGAUUUGGAGGAGAGCAACACCGCCAAAGAGAAUGCCGAGGAGGAAUAUCAGACCCUUCUCGGUCGUGUUGAGAAGAUUAAGCAGACGCUAAGUGACAGAUUCAAACGCGACAAGGCAGAGCUCGAAGAGAGCAAAGAACGCAUAGAAGAGCUCGAGGCAGAGAACGAUGAGCUCAGGAAUACUGCUGUAUCAUCUGGAGAUGAUGUCUCCAAGCUAAAGGAGGAGCUUCAAGAUGCGACCAGGGAACUCAACACACUCCGGAGUAGAAAUAAUCUAUCAGCACAGAACUGGACCAAGGAGAAGGAAGAAUUAAUCCGACAUGUUCAACACCUGAAAGAGGAGAUGGAGACGACCGCAAACGCUAUGGGCGAGUGGGAAGUCAUCGCUAUGGAAGAGCGGUCCAUCAAGGAGAGCUUGGUCGACAAGGUUUCAGAGCUUGAGGAGCAAGUCUCCAUCCUGCGACAGAACUAUGAGAGCGCUACUGCGGACCGGGAUAGCCAGAUGACCCUCAUCGACAAUCUGCAGAACGCUCUUCGCGAGAUUCAAGAUGCUCGUAAAAAGGAGCUUCGUGACAUGGUCGAGUCGACCGAGGCGCAGGUCCAAGGCCUCAAGAAGCAGGCGCAGGAGGCCGAUACCCGCGCCAAAGAAGCUGAAGCCGCCAAGCAAACCCUCACACAAGAGCUUGAGCGAACAGCACCCUUUGAAAAGGAGGUCAAAGAGAAGAACUUACUCAUCGGAAAGCUAAGGCAUGAGGCCAUUGUCUUGAACGACCACUUGACCAAGGCACUACGAUACCUUAAGAAGACCAAGCCGGAAGAUAAUGUUGACAGACAAAUUGUCACUAACCAUCUACUCCACUUCCUCACCCUCGAUCGUGGCGAUGCCAAGCGUUUCCAGGUCCUUCAAGUCAUGGCUGGCUAUCUCAACUGGACCGACGAACAGCGAGAGCAAGCUGGUCUCGCCCGUCCAGGCACGUCGACCAAUUCACUUCGCUUACCCAUGUCGCCAUUUACACGUACACCCAGCUCGCCAUCACUUAACGCUGAUCUCUUUGCUGAGUCGUCGUCUGCAAAGGAUAAGGAGUCUUUAUCUGAGCUCUGGGCCAAUUUCCUGGAACGCAGCGCACAAGAGGGCACACAGGAGACGCCAAGUAGGAAAGGUAGCACAAGUAGUGCUGCCACGGGUCCUGCAAGACCGGAGUCUACCAAGCCGGAUGCUAGGAGUUAA